ACUGGUCGAGCGAAAAACGGGUCUCUGAUUAAUUUGAUUUUUAUGAGCGCUAAUGUGGGCAUCGGAAAUCAAACGUUUUUUAUGGAAAAUUUUUGAACAGCAAUACAAUGCAAGGUUUCUUGGAUUGAGAAGAAAAAAGCUUGAUUGGGCCAUACAAUGUCCGAUUACCGGAAAAGACAGUCGAGAGAAGAGGGAGCCCAAGUCGCAUGCAAAGGCAGAGGAGCGAUGCCGCCUAAAUAUGAAGUUUUCCCCCGCAAAGUGAAAAUCUUAAAUUUGAAUUUGCCCUAUUUGAUUAAACGGCCAAGAAUACGAAAGUAGAAGAUCACCUUCAGAGGCCUGCCCAUCUUGAAUCUCUAGGCCGGAGAGUCUCAUACUCAAAUUUCCUCUUCCGCUGAACUGCAGCCUUGCGUUCAAAGAAUGAAAGCAUUUCUUCGAAAUAUAUUAUGCAUUCACUGGCAAGAACGGCCUUCUUCCACAUAAUCGUUUCUCGCCGGUUUCUUCGAGUUAAAUCAAGUGCAAUCGUGAGCACCAGUUUUUCCUCUAAUUAUUCAGACUGAACAUAUUCAUGAGGUAGAAAACUUCUUUGGAAUUUGAGAACCUGGUGACAUCUGCUGUGAGGGAGAGGGAGCAGUUUGUGUUGUCUCUGAAAUUUCAGAUGGUGGAAUUUGGAAUUUUGGGAUGGUGGUCGAGGGUUCGUGGUGUGGACACCUACCGGCAAUGGAGGAGAGAGAGGGAGGUUAACUUGUCAUUUUCAAGAAAUAACAUUUUUCAUUUAUUAGGGUGGUGUUCUGAGAAUUAGUUAUUUGCUUGAAAAGUUGGACGUUGAUUUCUGGAAGCUCAAAAGGUCGAGACUCGAGAGGGACCUUGAGCGUUUCCAAACUGAAGCGGCUUUUUGUAGUUUUUUCUAAUAAAUGUUUUAAGUUUCUUUUUAUAUAAAAAAUGAAAAGGGCUUUCCUUGUCAGUGGAAGUGCAUGAAAUUUGUAUGUUACAAAAAUUUCGUUGAAGUACGCGCUUAAACAGAGACGUUCUGCUCCUUCCCAACCUUAAGAUGAUGCUGCACCUUCUCGAGGUGAUUGAACGUAAAGAUUCUGUCAUGGACUGAGAGUCCUUCACAACCAAUGAAGCCCCUUCCGUAACUGCUUUGGUUGAACGGAGAUGAUAAUGAUCCCUAAUUCAUCCGUCUUUGCUAAAUUGUUGAACUCUUGCAUCGACAAGAAGUCCGUUAGAAAUGGCUGGAGGGUUCAUGCUCGAAUCAUCAAGUCUCAGUUUUAUGAUGAAGUCUUCAUCCUCAAUCGCCUAAUCGACAUGUAUUCUAAGUGCGGGUGUUUGGAUGACGCACGUCAAGUAUUCGAUAAAAUGCCCGAAAGGAAUACUUUCUCUUGGAAUGCUAUGAUCACUGGAUACGCCAAAAUGGGGGAUAUUGAACAUGCUCUCCAAUUGUUCCAUGAUAUGCCUUCUCCUGAUGAAGUAUCGUGGAAUGCAAUCAUUUCGGGAUUUAGCCUUCAGAGCCAUUGGGUUAAAGCAUUGCAGUUCUUUGCAAAAAUGCAUAGUGAAGGCUUUGGCGUGAAUUUGUUCUCUGUUAGUAGUGCGCUAAGCUCAUGUGCAGGCGUGGGGGCCCUUGAUAUAGGCCUCCAGAUUCAUGGUAGUGUUGUACAUUCACCUGUCUAUUGUAAUUACUAUGUUGGUAGUGCUUUGAUCGACAUGUAUGCAAAGUGUGGUGAGGUGGAGAGUGCACAAUCUAUAUUUGAGGAGAUGCCUGAGCGAAAUAUAGUCUCAUGGAAUACUUUAAUUACGUGUUACGCUCAAAAUGGUCCUGCUGAUAGAGCCUUGCAGUUGUUCUCUCUAAUGAGUGACCAGGAUGUAUGUCCUGAUGAGGUCACACUGUCAAGUGUGGUUAAUGCAUGUUCUUGCUUAUCAGCAGUCAGGGAGGGUGCACAGUUGCAUGCGUUGGUUAUCAAGUCUAAUUUUGAAGAUGAUAUGGUGCUUGGGAAUGCAUUGGUGGAUAUGUACGCCAAGUGCAAUAGGAUCGGAGAUGCUAGACAGGUUUUUGACAGGAUGCCACUGAGAGAUGUUGUAUCGGCUACCUCUUUGGUUUGUGGAUAUGCAAAAGCUGCAAAUAUUGAAGAUGCUCGUAGAACAUUUUCUAGAAUGGCUGAAAGAAACGUGGUGUCAUGGAAUGCCCUUAUUGCUGGUUAUACACAAAAUGACCAAAAUGAAGAAGCUUUGAAUUUGUUCCAACAAUUGAAAAGGGAAUCAUUUAGACCUACUCACUAUACUUUCGGUAAUGUUCUUAAUGCCUGUGCCAAUCUCGCUGAUUUGCAGCAUGGGAAACAACUCCAUGGUCAUGUAAUAAAGCAUGGUUUCCAGUUUAAAUCUGGACCAGAAUGUGAUAUCUUUGUUGGGAACUCGCUGAUUGACAUGUAUGCCAAAUGUGGAUCAGUUGAAGAUGCUUAUCAAGCAUUUGUAAAAAUGAAGGAGCGUGAUCGAGUUUCAUGGAAUGUAAUGAUUGUAGGAUAUGCACAAAAUGGACAUAGUGAUCAAGCCCUUACCCUGUUUAAUGAUAUGGUACUAUCUGGAGAGAAACCUGAUGGCAUAACAAUGAUUGGAGUUUUGUGUGCAUGCAGCCAUACAGGGUUAGUGGAUGAAGGCUGGAAGUAUUUUGAUUCUAUGACUAGUCAACAUGGAUUGAUACCAUCAAGGGAUCAUUAUACUUGCAUGGUUGAUAUACUUGGUCGGGCAGGUCGUCUGGAUGAAGCUGAGCAGCUUGUCAAGACUAUGCCAAUUCCUCCCGAUGCAAUAUUGUGGGGUUCCCUCCUUUCUGCCUGCAAAGUUCAUGGUAAUGUUGAGUUAGGCAAGCGAGUGGCAGAAAAGCUCUUUGAACUGGAUCCUCAAAACUCUGGCCCAUAUGUACUUCUUUCGAACAUAUAUGCAGAAACAGGAAAGUGGCGUGAAGCUAUUAAAAUAAGGAGGCUGAUGAAAGACAGGGGGGUAAUAAAGCAGCCAGGGUGUAGUUGGAUUGAGGUUGGAAACGAAGUUCAUGUGUUCAUGGUAAAAGAUACAUCUCAUCCACAAAUGAAAGAGAUUUAUAGGUUGUUACAAAUGCUUGAAAUGGAAACACGCAACCAUGGAUAUUUUGGUGCUGCAUCAUCUUUUUUGUUUAGCAUAGUUGAGGAGAAUACAGAAUAGUGUGUAAUACGUAUUUACUUCGGCCUUCACUUGCAGUUGCACUUGCUUACAGGAACUUUCGAGAGCAUGUUCACUAUCGCCCAAAUUUGUCACCCUGGUGAUCCCAACGUUCCAAGAGACAUAUAUUUUCUUAUAGAUUUUACAGAAUGAAUGCCUUGUGUUGUCUAAACUUGUGGGUGGAGUUGCAUGCUUGAGGCUAAAGACUUCAUGAGAGAAGUGGUCUUGAUGAUUCAAAUGUAAAACUCUGACCGUUUCUUAAAGAUCACUCAUUGCUUCAAGAGUUCAAGACCUUGGCAGAGGCAGAUGAAUUAGAACUUUCUUAUCCGCAGUUCUCCUCUUCAGGAAGGAAUUCAAUGGUUUUGAUUCUAGGAGGUUGCACCUGCUGGUGUUGAGUGCAGCAAUUAGAUUUUAACCAAUCUGAAGCAUUCCAGAAUGGACAGCACAGGGAAAGGGUUGAGGAGGCUAGGCUUGUUUGGCUGGUUUGAAACAUAGGCACAAAUGUUAUUAUCGGUUUUGAAAAUCUCAUAGUUUUCCUGUGAGGCUUUUAAACACUGACGUCUGCAAAAUACAACUUUUCUCUAUUGAGAGGCCAAGCUCAUGAGCUUGGUCCGUUCUUUUUUUUCUUUUUGAAAAACUGACGUCUGCAAAACACAACUUUUCCCUAUUGAGAGGCCAAGCUCAUGAGCUUGGUCCAUUUUUUUUUUUUUUGAAAAACUUUGUUUAUUCUGAGACUUUAAAAAUGCAGUCCUGCAAAAGCUUUCGAACAUAUCAGUUAUUUUGAAGCAUCACUAUCUUAUCAUAAUAUUCUGUUGUUAGUAACAUUUUCAUGCAUUCUUCCACGUGUACUUAUUAUACAUUUUCUGUGUAUUCUUAAAUUUUGAAAAGUAUUGUUAGUUUGCAGAAAUUUGCAUUCGGAUAACAAAUUUAAUUUUCUUAUGAGAUUUUGGUUUUCACACCAAAAUCUCAAUAAUGUGAUACGCAACUAGUUGGUAUAAUUUUUCCCGGAUAUCCAAGACAGUUUGUGUCAGAAAAGUCUUCGGAACUUCAAAAACUAAAGGUGGCUAGAGCCUCUCUCCCUCACCGCGUUUGAUGGUUGUCUUCAGCUUGAGGUGGGCAGUACCUUAGCCCUCAGGCCCGCCUUCCUCCCCACUUUGAUUCACCAUUUUUCCAGAGGCGGGUGCAUAUGGCAGAGGCAGUUGUAUUCCCUCUUUCCCUUUUUCUUCUUUGAUGGAAUACGGCUUCCUCCUGUUAAAGUAUUUGUCCAGCUAAAGAGGCAGGGCUUUCCGACUUAGACAUUUAGAAAUCAUCGAUUGUGUGCUACCAGAUGUAUGACCAUUCAAUAGUUCUAUUUCUGCCUGGCGAUUCAGUGGCUAACAGCGGCAAGCCCUCGCUCCUUGCUGAGGAAUGGUAGGUUCGACCAUGGCGUAGUGAAGGUGGAGCUCUUUCGCCAGCCAUGACAAGGCACCCGCAUCCCCUUCGUUGUUCUUGACUAGAGGAAGUUGUCUUUCCUGUGGCAGGAGGUGGCAAAGGCGCAGGCCGGCACCUUUCUCUUUUAUGUUUUUUUUUUGCCGUUGGAGAAGUCAUCGCUUGUGAAAGGUAAAUCCUCGGUGCCGAUUCUCUCUCUCUGUCUCACACCGGCCAUCCGACGAGAUGAUACCGCUAAUGCAGGAAAGCUGAAGAGCGUAGAGGGCUGGUGGCCGUUCUGCGGUUCAGAGCGAAGGUUGAUAUCGUCACCCGUCUCUAGGCGGUGUCUUUUUUUUUUUUGUUUUUUCUUUUCAUACAAAGAGAUUUGAAGUUGGAAGUUCAAAAUUGUAACCUUUUUGCCGUUUUUAAUGAAAAGGCGGCGUGUUUUGCGGAACCUG